GCGUAGAAUUGCGUGGCUAGCUGUUCGAGGGUUGGUUAGUGCGUGGUUUAAUGAGGCUUAAUGGGGGGCUUACCUGGUCGAGACAUGUUUGGAGCUGUGUGAGAAUGUCAGCCAUAGUGGGAGUAUUGGCUGUAAUAAUGAUACAAGUUCGGCAAUUUAUGUCUGUUUGUUGAUGUCGAGGAGAAAUUGGAAGAGUGCGUGAAUGGAAGCGUGAGUUGAAGCUUCCGGAGGAACUUCCAAGGUGGAGACAACUCUAUUUAAGCUCGGACGCGGCGCACCAGAGAGCUCUCAACUUCGCUCUCCAGUCAUCACUGACCAGCAGACAUGGUCUUUCUGAGAGCACUGCCAUGUAAGCCGGUAAGCUUCAUUCGCUUAUUCUCUUCCCAUCCAGUGAGUCGCCAAAUCAGCCCAUUCGCGCGCCGCCUUUUCAAGAUUCCGACUGCGCCGUCUGCGCCGUCGCAAAAUCACCAUGAUUUACCUUCUUUCCUAUCCUAUGCGGAGCGCACUACUCUUCCAGAAGCCAGCACAACAUACGUCGGUACACACUAUGAGUAUACCGUUCUGAAAAGUCUGCGCCGCUUCGCGUUCGAUCUUCACCGAGUCGGCGGCCGUGACGAUGCCGGUAUCGAUCUCGUAGGUACGUGGCAUGUACCAGGGCAAGAAUAUGCGCCACUUCGCGUGGUCAUUCAAUGCAAGGCCUUGAAGACGAAGCUCGGUCCAAACCUGGUUAGGGAACUAGAAGGCGCCUUUCGACACUCGCCCGUGGGCUGGAGGACGAUGGACAAGUUGGCGAUCUUGGUGAGUCCGAGGGAGGCGACCAAAGGUGUGCGGGAUACAUUGAGGAGAAGUACGUAUCCAUUAUUUUGGAUAAUGAUGGACUGCGAUGGCGUUAUAAGACAGGUUUUAUGGAACCCCAAGGCUGGAGAAAUGGGAUUGGCUCCGCUAAGGGUCGACAUGAGAUAUUCUCGGGUUUCUUCAGCGACCGAUGAGCCUACCCAGCCUGAAGCGGUGCUCACAUGGAAUGAAGCAGAACUGAUGGGUAUGGAGUGCCUAGAGAAGGGUAUAUCCAGAAAGGAAGCCGAAUGGCUAGCCUUAUGGGGUUGCGAAGACUCUUCCUAUGCUGCAAAAUCUGCGCUAUUGGAGAUGGUGGAAGCUACUUUUCCUGAUAUAAACCCGGGAGCAGCAGAUUAUGAACAGGAAGCACUUUUUACGAAGAAAGCCGAGUUUCUGGCUUUGCUAAAGGAGAAAUUCGCGCGCUGACAUGUUGCCUAUAUGCUGAUGUUUGUUUUGAGGGCGAAGAAUUUGUCCACCUGCAAGUACACUCAUCAACAAUGGCAGUUCCAGCAUUUACAAUUUUUACAUAAUAUGGCCAAAAUUCAUUUGGUCAGGUCGACGGGCAACCACGCCAGUGUGUUUCGCCAACGGUCUCGAACGAAACCAUCGCCGCAACGGUUAUCAUAGUCUGCGGCCAUAUCAAGAGAGGGCUUUGAAAUUCCAUAUCAAGAGCUUGAGAGACUAUCCUGGUCGCCUUGUCGUAAGAAAGGCGCACAGCGUCAAUUCGAUAUUAGGCCGAUGUUGAUAUCUUCAGCCUAUCGCUCUGUUUCAGUCUAUCCUACUAGUUCUUGUUUUGACUGCAGGCGCAAAAUGUAGUACCAAAGAGCUGAAAUGUACGAUCACUAUUAUGUACCUGUAUAUAUAUAUUAUUACGCAUGUUCAAAUUAAGAUAUUGAGUUCUUGGGUC